CCUAUGAUCCUAAUUACCAGGGCGGAUUUGUCUAAUGUGAGCGGCUGAUUUGAUGGACUGGUGCUACAUUAAGAGCAAAACAUCAACCAGGCGCCGCUUUCGGGAGGGCGGGAAAGCGGGGAAUCGCUUACCUUCGCGGAAAAGUGCUGAAACAUGCCCCAGGGAGGAUGUGCAGCAGCCGGAAGAUCAUCUGCAGCUUGCUGGUGCUGUCCGUGCUGAAGAUCGGGCUCGGGGUGUCCAGCAUCGCGCUGGGAGCCGUGGGCAUCUGCCGCAUGCGACCCAAGUACAAGCCGCAGCAAGGCGACGCGUCUCCGGUCUGGAGCGGUGUGUCUUUUCUCCUCUGUGGGAUUUGUGGGGUGCUGUGUGCCAAGAGGAGAACAGGACUCAUCAUGACCCUGUUCUCGGCCUGCUGUAUCUGCGGCCUGAUUGGAGGGAUCCUGAACUUCCAGUUUGUGCGCGCGCUGGUGAAGAGGCCACAGACCCACCGGCCGCUGCAGGUGGUUGCCAUGACGCUGGCCUGCCUGGGCGUGGCCUGCAGCACCCUGUCCACCUGGCUGACCUGCCGAUUGGCUGGCAGCGAGCAGCAGCGCAUGUUCAUCGAGCGCGAGCACUCUCUGCACCACUCGCACGAGAUGUCCGAGAAGGAACUCCCAGAGACCUCCAGCAACGGGCUGCCCCCGAUCCCCCACAACGGGAACGCGUCUCCAUUGUGAUUAACAGCCCAGGAAGUGACAUCACGGACAGGAAGUGAGGCCAGGGUGAAGUGCAGAGGUCAGGGGGAUGGCUGCUCCACCAUCACGCCUCACGGUCUCUGUAGCAACCCCAAACCCUCUCCUCCAAUCAGGCGACCACCUAAACGCUUGUGAAGUGCUUUGGAAUGGUAAUACUGAACACAACUGAAGCAUGCAUCUCUCUCUUUCUCUCUCUGCCUGUCUCUCUCUCUCUCUGCCUGUCUCUCUGUCUCUCUCUCUGCUUGUCUCCCUGUCUCUCUCACUCUCUGCCUGUCUUUCUCUCUCUAUCACUCUCUGUCUCUCUCUCUCACUCUCUCUCUCUCUUUCUCUAAGCUUCCAUCCAAAUGUAUUGCAAAUGUUAAGCGAAUUUCUGAAAAGUCGGCAAAAGGAAACGCAAAUCAACACGCGUUAUGCGAAUAUUCAGAAGAGGACGCAACACGGUUACAUAAUCCAGAGAGUGCCAGCCAAACAGUUACGGAGAGUUAGUGAGACAUACUCGCUCCUAGAAGAGCGAUCAUAACAGCCCUCUCUCAGUCAUGCAUGGCUGUAUUACAUGCAGCCCAGAGACGGCGAAGAGGAUGUGCAAUGGUCUGUUUAACGGCGGCUGAAACGGCGGUAUCACCACUGCGAAAGCCGCCAUGCGCCAGGGAACGCCGGCACACCUAGCAAUUCCAGCAGUUUUUUCUUGUUUUUUUGUGUACAGAUAUUUCACUCACCAGCUUCGGGUGAAGCGUUUUACGAUUCUGUGCUUUCGUGUGACUUCGGUCCUUGUCACGUCAUUGCUUAUUAGACAAAUCAGUUUCCGUCACCCUUUUUAUCGCAUCUCCUCUUCUCUUUAUCGAUACACCUUGGCCGAGCGUAAAAUGUUAUUUUUUUUAAACUAUAUUUUACCGUUCUUUCUCAUUUAUGGCGUUUUCGCUCGUGUUUAUUCACACGCAAAGUUAAAAUUCGCAUGAAAACAGUCGGAUGAAAACCCCACUUGUGUCUUUCUCUCUCACACUCUCUCUGUCUCUGUGUCUGUCUCUGUCUUUUCUUCCUCUCUGUGUCUGUCUUUUUCUCUAUCAGGUUUUAUAGCACAAAAGGAAUGCUGAUUGUGAUGUUUCUGAAUGCUUAAAAACAUACACAACACUGUAUACAAAAAUGUGGAUAGAGUAUUCAAUCUUGUAUA